AUGGAACCUUCAUUAGAUUCACGCUGGGUAACCAACAAUCGAAACUUAUCGGAAGGUUAUCAAGAACGUCCAAUUCCACUUCCUCACGAAGAUUUUGAACCCUAUUUUUCACAAUACGCAGAGUACGAUUCUGUAUUAGACGAGUCACUAGCAUCGACUGUUCACGACCUAGCCAUCCCGUCGGGUGCUCCCGCCUAUAGCAUGGAAGGACUUGGGUCCGGAUAUCCUCUGCCACCGUCAUCUCCUCCUGUGCAUCCCUCUCAACUUCAGUCACCCCAAAGAGCUCGUCAUCAAGUCUCUAUUAAACCAUCUUCUCUCGCAAGGUAUUCGAAGAUGAUGAAUUAUAACAAUAUUGCAAUCACUCCUGCUGCUUUAUCAUCCGAAAAUGCCUCUGCUCUACAGGCGUAUGCCAACCAAUUAAACCCCCAAGUUGUUUCUGCCAUGAAAAACCUUGGUGCCAACUCUGAAGUAUAUCUCCAUGAACCUGCUUCUAAUAAUGGGUCUCCUCCUUCUCUACCGCUGGCUUCUGCCUCUUCGCCAGGACCCGGACCAAUGGUUUAUACUUCAUCCUCCGCUUCUCUAUCAGCCUCUUCAUUGAGUUCUUCUUACUAUCAGAAGGGAAAUGCCAGUAAUAGCAAUUUUACAGUGGCCUCGGACUCUUAUCUCGAUCCAAACGGGUUUCAUUCUUCUCCUAUGAAGAGACGCCCCUCUGCUUUGGGCGAAAGCGAUUCUGAGGCUUACUUUUCCUCUUCCGAACACUCUCAAUCUCCAAAUAUCGAUACAAGUCCUGAGAUGGCCUCUGGUGACCAGUUUUAUACUGGUGCAACUCCGGGUCUUGCUAGCAUGAACAUUUUCUCUUCUAUUGAUAUGGGUCCAGUAGACACUUCAGGCUCAAUAGCUUGGCAACCCGUCAUCACUGCUCCCAAGAACGAAAUCUCUCAAGAAAUCAUCAAAAUGCAACAAUCCUCCGGUAAACAGUCUAACAGAAAAUCUUGUCUACCGCCUGGCAAGGUGGACUCAUACAUGGCUGGUCCUAAUCCAGAGGGCCUCUUUGAGUGCUUAUUCCCCAACUGUGGAAAACUCUUCCGCAGAAGGUAUAACGUCAGAUCGCAUAUUCAGACUCACUUGUGUGACCGUCCUUAUUCAUGUGAUUCCUGUGGAGCUUGUUUUGUUCGUCCACAUGAUCUACGGCGUCAUGAAAAGUGCCAUCAAGAUGAACGUCCAUACAAGUGCCCUUGUGGAAAAGGAUUCACUAGACAUGAUGCCUUGCAACGUCAUAGGAUACGAAUGAUUUGUGUUGGUGGUAUCGAGAUUCCGGGAAAGCCCAAGAAGCCUCCAGGAAAGAGAGGUAGACCACGCAAAGUACAGUCGAUGAUGCAAAUGCGCCCAUCAAACAGUUCAGAAGACUCUGAUGCUGACGAUGGUAUGGGAAGUCCUUUUAGCGAUCAGGGUCUGGAAUAUAUUGAUCAUGGCUCUGAAGCAAUUGCUGUCAAGGACGAAAUUAUUUGGAGUAGGUAG